UAUUUAAUAAUAAUAACAACAACAACAAUAAUAGUAUCAUAAUAAUACUAUAUAUACAUUAUACAGGUUCUUAAACGGCUCACCAGUAUUUUAAAUAUGACACAUUACUAUUUGAAUACAUAGCUUAUGAGUCUAGAAACACAACCAGGCAUAGCCUCGAGGCCUAGAGGUGAGUACUGGACCGCCUCCAACGCCCCCACAGGUGUAUUUUUUGUGGUUAUCACGUGGGUGCCGCUCCGCUUCGCCCCGCCCCCCCGCGCCGCGCCGCCUCCAUUAAAGCGCAGCAAAAGUCGCCGCUCCCCUUCCGACCUGCAACCAAACGCACACGGAGGCAGGCGGCGGGGACGUAAAACGAAACCACUGAAGCCCGUGUGUAUGUGUGUGUGUGUGUGUGUGUCUGUGUGUGUGUCUGUGUGUGUGUGUGUGUGAAGGCGGCGCACAAAGAUGAUGAAUUAGUAAAAUAAAGCUCCAGUUACCCGGCCGAUCUGCGGGCUCGGGGCUCUGCAGAAGACACCGCGGUGUGGAGAGGACAACGCCAGGCUGCAGCGUCACGGAGGCUGCUCUGUGCGCACUGGAAACCCGGCAUUCAAUUGGUGGAGCCAGGAGUGGAGCACCCGGCCUUUUUUUCUUCUUCUCCUCCUCCUCCUCCUUCUCCUCCUCCACUGCAGGAGGAGCAGAGUUGAGGAAACCGAAAAAGAGAGACGCGGCUGCCAAGACCGCAGCAGCCUGCGCAGUUUCGAAAGCGGCACAGCCUCCUCUGCCGCGCGGCGCGAGGGACACUUCACCCCGAGCGGCGCGCCGACUCUGCAGGAUGCAGCGCUGCGGCUGCGUAGUGCGCACGUAGCGGUCCGCGAGACUGCGAAAGGAAACUCGUGCAGGAAUUUCCCCGAGGAAUUUGGGACCAAACGGGUCGCUGACCACAGCUGCGACAUUUGGUCUCCCCCACUUGAGAGUGUGUCACUCCCCCCCCCCCCCCACCUCCGGGGAGCCCCGCGCCGUGGCCUUUUGGAGCGGACAUGGGAAAUGUAAACAGUAGCCGGGCUGGAUUUUAAACUCCGCACACGUCCUCCUCCUCCCGGGGCGUCCGAGAUGGAGAUGGGGACGGAGAGGGUCGGGUCCGAGCUGGAGGGAGAGGCAGAGCCGCCCAUGCACAGCGUCCACGGAACCAACCGGACCAGACCGUCCUCCUACCGGGCCCUGCGCAGCGCCGUGUCCAGCCUGGCCCGCCUGGACGACUUCAGCUGCGAGAAGAUCGGCGCGGGCUUCUUUUCCGAGGUGUUCAAGGUGCAGCAUCGGGUGUCGGGCCAGGUGAUGGCUCUGAAGAUGAACAUCCUGGCCAGCAACAGAGCCAACAUGCUCAGGGAGGUCCAGCUCAUGAACCGACUGUCGCACCCCAACAUCCUCAGGUUUAUAGGAGUGUGUGUGCACGAGGGGCAGCUCCACGCCCUCACAGAGUACAUAAACGGCGGUAACCUGGAGCAGCUGCUGGGCGGCGACGUGUACCUGUCGUGGAGCACGCGCAGCAUCCUGGCCCUGGACGUCGCCCGGGGACUGCAGUACCUGCACAGCAAGGGCGUCUUCCACAGGGACCUCACCUCCAAGAACUGCCUGGUGCGCUGGGAGGGCUGCGUGUGCUCGGCCGUGGUGGGAGACUUGGGCCUGGCGGAGAAAAUCCCGGAUUACAGCAAGGGAGAGGACCAGGAGCCUCUGGCUGUGGUUGGCUCCCCCUACUGGAUGGCCCCGGAAGUGCUCCGAGGAGAGGUGUACAAUGAGAAGGUGGACGUGUUCGCCUUCGGGAUCAUCCUGUGUGAGGUCAUCGCGAGGAUACAAGCCGACCCCGACAUCCUGCCGCGCACUGUGGACUUUGGUUUGGAUGUGGCGACCUUUCAGGAAAUGGUGGGAGACUGUCCUCCUGACUUCCUGGAACUGGCCUUCACCUGCUGUAAUAUGAAUUCACAGCUCCGUCCAUCCUUCUCCCAAAUCGUGGUGGAGCUGGAGAGGCGACAGGCCGAGAGGAAGCAGAAGGCCGAGCCGACGGUCAAGGCCGGGUCUCCAGCGCUCGGCCUUUUGCGCAGGCGCUCCCUCUGCCACCCGUCGGAUCCUCGCCUCUCCCGCAGCAAAUCCGACAUGCUCCACCCGCUGGACGCGCCUCCCUCCGUUGCCGUGGCGAUCCCCGCUCGGGUCAACCCCUUCUCUCAGCGGGAGGACCUCAACGGGGGCAAGAUCAAGCUCUUCGACACUCCCAGCAAGUCCGUCCUCUCCCUCACCUUCACCCUGCCCCCGCCGCCGGACUGCGACGACCCCUCCGGCGGCCGCGGCCUGCCGAGGAGGCACCGGCGCUGUCGCUCGCUGCCGUGCACGCCUCUUCCGCACCUCGCGUCGGCGCCGAACGCCGUCCUGACCGAGGAGUCCACGGCCGAGCUGGACACCGCGAACGACGAGACGAGCGGAACGAGCGGAGAAGAGAGACUGUCGAGAGAAGAGAAGGACUCCGGGGAGGGGAGCGGGGCCGAUUCCGGUAUCCCGCUGUCCCUCGAGCCCCUGUCGCUGGACUUGCUGGAGGAGGAGGAGGAGGAGGAGGUGGGGGAGGAAGAGCCCAUGGACUGCAGCAGCUCCCCGAACCCGCAAGACGGCACCUCGUCUCCUUACCCCAAACUCUCCCCCGCUCCGGUCCACGCCUCCACCCCCCUCCAGUCCUCCAACGGCUGGGGCUCGGCCAUCUCCAACGGGCCCCCGUGCCUGCCCCCCCUCUCUCACUUGGAUAACAACAACGUGGUGGUGAGUCGGCCCUCGGGACGGCGCGCCGCCGACGGCACGACGACCUCGACCACCACCAACAACAACGGUUACCGCUCCCCUCCCGGCGACCCCGGCGGCUCGUCCCCGUUCGGCUCCGGCAGCAGACACUCCCUGGACCAGGAGGAGGAGGUGGUGUCGUGUCCCGGCUGCUGCCUCGCCGGCCUCCGCUUCCCCUCGCUGUGUCUCAGAGCGCCGGCGCGCAGAAACCUGUACAAGAACUUGAACGGGGACCACGCAGCCUCGCGCGGGCUGCUUUGUCCCGCCCCCAAGGGCCUGCCGCCCUCGCCCACCCCCCCCACCACGACCACCACCAGCCUGGAGCCGGGGCUCGCCUUACCAGGGGCACAGACAUAAAACACCAAAUGCACACGGAAAAAGAAAAAGACGUGUUGUGGAAACUCUUCUUGGCAUUUGCACAGAUUUUAACGCAGCGAUACGCCGGCUUCUUUUCCACACACACUUUUUUUUGGUGCAGAUCCAUUCACAGAAACGCACUCCAGGUUGACUUUCUCAGAGCUUUGGGGAUAAAGAACUGUUGCACGUCGCCCUCUGCUGGGCUGAGGGCGACCUGCAGACCCGACUGACGAGCCACGACCCCCACAACUUGAUCGGCAUGUUAAACGCUCCACUCUGGGAGGGGGGGGGGGGGCCUGGGGGGCCCUGGCCGGUUGGCCCCUGUAUAUUCACAGAUGUUAGGACCCCUUGUGACUGAUAUGUGGAUGCUGAGGCUGAAAUGAGGAAUGUUAAGCUUAGUAUUAUUACCGCUGCGAUGAUAUGUGAUGCUUGGUGCUGUUUCUGAGCGAACAGGCAGUUUUGCUUUAAUGUAUUUAAUUAUCAAGAGGGUGCACGGCCGGGCUGUGUGACUUUGUGUGUGUGGAUUCGGCGUGAGAGGCUGGGUGUGUGUAACGUGUGCAUGAGUGAGAAAGAGGAAAGAGUAAAGGUGAGAGAGUGCUGUACACCGUUCUUACGACUAUUCUGUUGCUGUAUGAUCUCUAACGGCCCUUCGGGGUCGCCUGGUUAAGCACUUAAACUGUAUUACUGUUGUUAAUAAGGAAACUAUGUUUAUUAUAAUUACUUUUGGAAAUGAAUGGUCAAAGACCUGCUUAAGAGAUGUACAGAUUCUUAUUAUUUAAAGAUGGCAUUGAAUAAAAUGAUAGAAUGCA